UAGAGGUGAUGAGAUUGUAGCUGUUUGGAGCCUCGAACAGAUCAUCAAACCCUAUCUUGCCCCUCAUCUUCCAAAUCGAAACAAGAACCAAAAUCCCUCUCCCCCAUUCUUUUUCUUCAUCACUGACAACAAAUCAACAAGCCCAUGUUGGGUUUUUGGGGUUUCUUGAUUGUAAUUGGUGUCAUGCACCAUGUGCUUACGUGAAAGCAGAGUGCUCUGUUUAUCAGUGGGUUUUGGAAGAAGAUAAUGAUGACGACUAGCAGCAACCAAGUUGUGAAAGUUAAGAGGGAGAAGCUCGAGGCAUGCAUGACAUGCCCCAUGUGCAAAGAGCUAUUCGAAGAAGCCACAACUAUUUCUGAAUGUCUUCACACAUUUUGCAAGAAGUGCAUAUAUGAUAAAAUAAUCAACGAAGAUUUGGAUAGAUGUCCAGUAUGCAAGACAGAUUUAGGGGUUGCUCCAAUGGAUAAGCUCAGGGCUGACAAUAGUCUCGAAGACAUAAGGGCGAAGCUCUUCCCUUCUGGAAGUAAAAAGGUCAAGGCACAAGCAGCGGACCGCAAUCUGCAAGUUGUAGGCUCUGAAAAGGUCUUGCCUUCAGAAACAAGAAAAACCAAGGCACCUGAAGUUAAUGUGCCCUCCAUAUUGUUACCAGGGAGAACAAAGCAGAGAUACCUCUCUUCAUUAGGAACAAGCGCUCCUACAGUUACAACCAGGUCCUCUACGAGGUAUUUUACCAGAAAGAGUUCAGCUCUUCAAGAGAGUCAUCUUUCGACUCAAGAAGAGCCUGUUCACAAACAUGAAGAUUUUCCGGAGAGGGUUAAAUCAUCUGAGAACCUUAAAGAAGAUGCAGCACAUGCCAGACAGAAUGCUACUGAGAAAUUGUCUCAGAAAGAUGGGGAGAAUAAUGGCAACGAGAACAAAGCACAACCAAGGUGGACAACUGGGCUGAUGGAAGCUGAAAGAGAAGCUGCAAGAGUGCCAAUAAGGCAAGUGUUCCUCAACCUCAACAAUGAACCAGAAGAGCUUCAACCCAUUCAGGAACAUGGCAAUAAUGGUGAAUCUACUCCUGCACCAUCAGUUUCAGUGCCAAGUGCCAAAGGCCAACGUGGCCGCAAGAGAAAAGCAGUAUCAGAACCCGAGGAGUUAAAAACUCCAGCACAACCUGUGGUAUCUGACGCAAACAAUGAAGGCGAAACAACAUUUAAACCAAUCUGGUUCUCGUUGGAAGCUUAUCCAUGGGAAGGAUAUGCACCCUUGCCACAGAUACCUUCAUGUUACUUGAGAGUCAAAGAUGGUAACUUACCCAGUUCUUUCAUAAAGAAGUAUCUGGUGAAAAAGCUGAAUCUUCACAGCGAGGCGGAGGUGGAGAUUCUAUUGUGGGGUCAGCCGAUACAUCCCACAUUGCAGCUGCAUAACUUGGUGGAUUUAUGGUUACAGAAAAUACCAGCAUCACAUAAGAUAGAAUCCUUUGUAGGCAGCUCGGCAAAGGAGUACGUGAUGGUUAUAACCUACUGUCGAAAAGUGCUACAGCACUGGUAGACUUGUUUAAGCGACCUGCAUGAAUGCAAUGCUGUUCAAAGUCCUGGCAGUUUCAGCCACCUUUACCAUACAACAUGCAUUUGGAUUUAGAGUUUCAUUUCUUCUUUCUUUUCAUCCCUGCAAGCAUAUAAUGCUUUGCUUGCAGUGUGGUGUGCCCGGCACUUUAUAGAACUGAUUAGUAGAAAAAUGAGAAAUUUUUGAAAAGAUUUGUUUGUUUAAGUUAUGAAUACAAUGUUGUAGUAACAGUAGAUUUUGCAAAGGAUGGAGCAUUCUGUCCUGUUCAUUUCCUAUAACCUCAUUGUAUAUGGAAAUAACUAAGAAACAGGUUAUGGAAUAACCUCAAUAGAGAGU